UGCCAACGACAGCUGCUCAAUUGCAGACAACUCGGGCGGUCUACUAAAGCAAUUGCCUUUUCUAGUUCGACUUCAAAAUGGCUGCUGACCAUGGCAGGCCGCUUGUACCCCCCAAGCAACUUAGAACUGACUACCCGCUUAUAGAUUCUGAUCCACAUGUAAAACGAGUGUUCGGAUAUGCCAGAACGUCCGAUUGGGCGCUGGGAGGUGCUACUGCCAUCCUCGGCCCCCUCACAUUUGCCAUUAUGGAGAGAGUACAGCCGGCUCACUCGGGUAAAAUCAAUUUCGCCAGAUGUAUGCGCUUGGCGGGUGGUAUAGGAUUGGUCGCCGGUGCUAUUACAGUUUAUCAGAGAUCUUGCAAUCGAUUCUACGGACUUUCGGAGAAUAAGAGAGAAGAAGAAAUGGAUAUGAGAGAAAUGGUUGAUAAAGUGAAGAGAGGAGAGCCUCUAUACGGAGAGUCCUCGCUGUCCCCUUACAUGCAGGGUGUCGCUGCGAGAAAUUCGCGAUACUCGAGCUUGUUUAUCCACGUCAUUCCUUGGUUCAAUGUUGUGAACCAUAACCAGCAUGGUGUCGACACUGCGAAAUACUACCGCCAAGCGGAGCGGGAACUAGAAGCCGAACGCAUGCAGAAGGAGGGCCUUUAGAAUGCGAUUAGCUAAAGAGACAUAUUACACCUUUCUCUACUAAAAGCUCAGAUUCCUCUGUGUACUUGUACAUACCUUCAUGGCUCGAAAUGCUAGUUUUCCUUUGUUAAGG